AUGAUCGACACAAGAAGUCGAGACGAGUCUGUGAACGGCAAGCGGGCAGUCUUCGAUGUGUUUUUGACAUUGAAGAUCACAUUCGAUGGAUACGAGAAAUUCUUGAAAAGUCUCGAUACCAGAGCAUUGAUGUGGAUGAGAGACACUUCAGUUCACGCACGUCAGGCACAGUUCAUUGUCAAGCAAUAUUUGAAGGAGGGAGACGCGACAGACGCGUGGUCAGAACAGAAGGGUGGGGACAUGUCGUCACGUGAUUAUCUGACACUCAGAGACGGCAGGAACGUUUCUGAAAACGACUCUCAGUCUCAACCACCAACUCCAAGCCAAACUCCGGUUCGAACUCCAGCUUUGAAGCUCAGCUUUAAGCCCAAAUCCACGUCUAAUGUAGGCUCUGCACCUGUCACACCAAGUAUAGCAGGAACGCCCGCAGGUGACUCAGCAAAGAAGAGAAAGAGAGAGGCAUCUGUUGCAGAUGAGGGAGCGAAGCCACCAGCGAACCGCUUGAAACUCCUCACGAAUCUAAACCCACCAACGAAAUCUGAGACGCGAACGCCUGGUAUCAGGUUAAAGACCAGAGGCAAGAUCCCAAAGAGACCACUAGGAGUAGGCUAUGAUUCCGAACUUGAGGAUCGGGAGCAGGAUCCUGUCAUAUUAGAAGGCAUAAUACUUCGCAUGCAACCGGGCCCAGACUGUGAGUAUGUUCGCACAUGCAUAGCCAAUGGCACAGUUGGUGUUUCCAUCCUGCAAGGAGGCGCCAAUAUUCGACUACGAUUCUUCGAUGUCAACGGUCGAAGAGGCACAUUGCACGUCAAAGACAACUCGUACGCGAUUUCAGUCGUCGAUCUCCCAACGAUAACAGAAGGCAUGAAAUCGUGGGAUCGCAAGAACUUCAUCAAGAGUAUCGAUAUCACUCAAAUGUGUCUUGUCCUUGGACCUUGCAGUAACGAUGACGAGGCCAGAAGCUAUCCUCUUCCACCCGAUGUCGAUCCUAAGAACUACAAGUACGCACAUGGUCUGACAGCGCCCAUGAAAAAUGUCAGAAAGCGCAGGUUCGAGCGCACAGCCCGAGCGCGGUUGGACGACAUCGAAGCCAUCGAGCGCAAGGUCAACGCCCUGCUUGAAGCUGACGAUCGGGCAAAGGAGUCGACUUAUGAAGUGCUCAACCAUGAUCCGCGUGAGGAAGAAGAGGAGGAGGACACAUACAGUGAAGCCAACGACAGCGAAGACGAUGCCGAAGGUGAGGACGAUGCAGAACCAGAAGGCUAUUUCCCUCCACAAACCGGAGGUAUGCCGGACGAUUUUGAAGAUGAUGACAUAGAAGAACUCGAGAAAAUGCUGGAUGAUACAAUCGAAGACGAGCCGGCUGCACCUGUACUCACUGCUACACAGCCAACAACACAAGCCACGCCAUCUACAGCACCGUCUCCAUUACCUGCCGAGCCGGAGUCUACUGCUGUCACACCAGCUGACGACGCAGACAUGGAUGCAGACGAUGACGACGACGCUUCUGAAGCAGACGCUAGUGACCAGGAAGCUUCGGAUGGACGUGCAGAAGCCUUGGCUAAAAUCAAGGAAGCUGAGGACAAGAUUGCACAGGAACGUCAGAGACUGGCCACUAUCGGCAACAGAAUCCUUCGAGGUAAACUUGCGCAAAAGAUAACGACGAUGGAGGCUGACGUGGCCAUGAUGAGACGACUUGCUGGUAUUGAGGAGCCAACUGCGGAGGAAGAAGGGAGUGAAGAAGAGUAA